CUGGGUCUGUGCGUCAGAAGCCCGUGACCACCCAGAGACAAACACCACCGGACCGGACCGGACCGGAGGACGAACCAUGACAGAGCCCAGUAAAACGCACGUCAUCCUGCUGGCCUGCGGCAGCUUCAACCCGAUCACCAAAGGACACGUCCACAUGUUCGAAAAAGCCAGAGAAUUCCUGCACAAAACAGGACGCUUCAUCGUGAUUGGUGGAAUCAUCUCACCGGUGCACGACUCUUACGGCAAACCGGGUCUGGUGUCCAGCAGACAUCGUCUCACCAUGUGUCAGCUUGCCGUCCAGUCUUCUGAUUGGAUCAGGGUGGACCCCUGGGAGUGUUACCAGGACACCUGGCAAACCACCUGCAGUGUGCUCGAGCAUCAUCGCGACCUCAUGAAGAGAGUCACCGGCUGCAUUCUGUCCAACGUAAACACUCCGUCCACAACUCCUGUGAUCAAUCAGCCACAGAACCAGGCUCCGCCCAUUUACCAGAACCACAGCCUGAAGCACACGCCCACAGCCAUUAAAAUGUGGGGGAAGCUCAGCGAGAGUUUGGGGAAGAUCUGCUGCGUGCGUCCGCACAUCGAGCGCUUCACUUUCAUUGAUGAAAAUGCCAACCUGGGUCCUGCGAUGAGAUACGAGGAGAUCGAGUUGCGCAUCUUGCUGCUGUGUGGCAGUGAUCUCCUGGAGUCCUUCUGCAUCCCUGGCCUUUGGAAGGACAGUGAUAUGGAGGUGAUUGUGGGUGACUUUGGGAUCGUGGUGGUUCCACGUGACGGUGUCGACACAGAGCAGAUCAUGAAUCACUCAUCAGUUCUCCGCAAAUACAAGGAAAACAUCAUUGUGGUCAAAGACGUGGUGGACCAUCCCAUGGCCAUCGUCAGCUCCACCAAGAGCAGACUGGCGCUGCAGCACGGCGACGGCCACGUGGCGGACUACCUGAGCCAGCCCGUCAUCGACUACAUCCUGCAGAGUCAGCUCUACAUCAACGCCUCGGGUUAGAACCAACAACUUACCAACGCAAGAACAGUGACGGUGUGGGGGAGGGGCCUACGACAACCAACACCAAUUACAUCAUUAACCCCGCCCUCAACAAAAAAAGCAGACUUCCUUGUCUUGGUGUCACUUGCUCGGGCUGCUGCUGCUCUGUCCAACAGGAGCGUUCGGUCUGUGUCAUGUGACCUAAGAUCGGGUGGGGGGCGGGGCUUGCUCCUGUUCCAGGAAACCCUAAAAGCUGCAGAGGUGAUUCAUUAUUAUUAUUAUUAUUAUUAUUAUUAUUGUUAUUAUUAUUAUUAAUAUUCCCAAAUGCUUUGUUGCUGUGACUCGUUUGCUUUCUAUGUGUCAAAAACUAAACCUUCAGUGAUGCAUGACAGUCGACCAUCUGCAGACGGAUUUUUGGUUGUAAAAAGGUCCAAUUCAGCCUGACACCA